CGCAAGGUUUGCACACCCUACUUCGGAGGAAGUGAUUCUGUGUGGGUUGGGCUUCCACAAACCCAAGUACAGACACAACAGCCGCAUUCUUUGUGCUAUUUGUGGCUGUCGUCGGUGUUGCGGAUCAUUCGCAAGCGCCUCGUUCUGGGACUUAUCUUCGUCUUUUCGUUGUCCUAUUUCCUGAUCAGCCUGCAUUAUGGGUCUCGUUCAAUGGGUUUGAUCGACGACAAUUCCGAGGAACUCAGUGUCGUUCCCAAGUGGCAGAAAGACGGCGGCGGUGUCGGGAAUUUCCCUUGGCGCAGCCCGGAUGAUGACCGGGUGGAAGUUGCACCGCCGUUGGAUGCCGACCCGACGAGCAACGACACUCUGCGCCACUUGCAAGGCGGGGAAAAUCCCGAGGAAGCGUUGCCCAAAACUGCUGUUGCAAAAAGCUCCUCGGCCCCGUGCAGAAAUUCAGUGCAGGGCUUGCAGGAAUACAAUUUUAAACUCAUUACACCAGGUUUUGUUUGCAAGCGGGAUGAAGUCCUGCCAACGGGUUGUUGUGACCGCGGGAUUCCCACGACGUCUCGUUAUGUUUGCGAAUCUUGUCUCUCCAACCACUGUUGCAAAAUCUAUGAGCAUUGCGUGUCAUGCUGCUUGGAUCCCGGCAAAAAAUCAAUAUUGCAAGCAAUUUUAACGAAGCUGCCAGAGCAUCAGAAUUUGUUAUUCGCCUCAGUGACGGAUCACUUCGAGCUGUGCUUGGCAAAAUGCCGAACUAGCAGUGAAAGCGUGCAACACCAGAAUUUGUAUCGGAAUCCACAGGCGAAACACUGUUACGGAAGUGAGCUCCCGGAUAUUCACCACGGGCCUUGAAAAUGAGCUCCCCUUGUGUGAUAUGAUCUGUGAUUUUCUCAUGUCCUUCCUGGGAUUAUGAGAGGCUUUCAACAAUUUACCGAGGGAUUUCAUCGUGCGGGUGAGGCGAUUGCAUUCUUGGAUGGGGUUGCACUAUGAAUAUAAACAAUUGCAAGGACUUGAAAGAGUGUGGCUGAAGGAUGUAUCUGAGAAAAAUAUCAUGGAACCUGUUGAGAGUCUUGGUCGUGUCAGCCACUCCAGGGAUUAUGGAACGACAAAAAAGAAACGAUGAAUAUAUUGGAUCUCACAUUUUCACAGAAUCGAGCUCGCGAGUUGUUUUGCGGACUUCGAGUAUUUGAUUGUGAUAGGGUUUAUCUUGGUAGAAUACGUGAUUUUUGAGGCUUACGUUGAAUUCCAAUCACCUGUUCAGACUGCACGAUGCUCCUGACCUAUUGUUUGGUGUUUUCAAUACAACUUUUUUUUUGUUAAUACGGACUUCAAUUUCUCCAGGCGUUUGAUUUUCCCUUAUAAGUGUUCAUCUCUUUUUGCAGUGAUUUCUCGUGACUUCAGCAU